AGUUUGUUUCCUCACGGGAAUCUUUACGCGACGGACAUAUAGGCUCAGCAGACGUACAUAAGAGAUGGAUGGAAAAAUGUUAAUUUAAUGCUUAAAAAAUAUUCUGGUUAUAAAACAAGGCAGCGGGUGUGAUAUUUUCUUUAUAGAUUAAGUCUGGAGAAUGUCAGGUUACUGAUUGUCCGGUUGAAAUCGUGAUCCAUCUGUGUAACUCCGAGAUGCCUAACAGCGGCAGCAGUAACAGCAAUGGAGCAGCGGUGAAGGGGAAGAGGAGCAGGCGCCGCAGCAGAGCUCCGAGAGAAGAUCCGGCGAGAAACGAGCUCGUCUCCAACUCUCUCCAAAGCGCACAGCACUGCCUCCUCCAGCAAGAUCACGGAACCGCCUUCGUCCACUUCCUCCUGGCCCUAAACCUCGCUCCGGCUCUGAAAGAUCUGGCAAGAGAGUCCUUUAGGUUCACGCUCUUGAAAUGGGCCGACGAGCUGGACGGAGUCGGGCGCAUCCAGGAGCUCUUCGACUGCUACGAGCAAGCGCUGGAGUUGUUCCCUAAAGACGAGGUGAUCGUCAACAGCAUGGGCGAGCACCUGUUCAGGAUGGGUUUCAGGGACGAGGCGGCGGCGCAUUUCUACAAAGCCCUGAAACUGAAGCCGGACUUCCCCGAAGCCAAGGAGAACUUCUACAGGGUGGCUAACUGGCUGGUGGAGCGCUGGCACUUUCUAAUGCUCAACGAUAACGGGCGAAAUCGCAAGUACCAGCUCGCUAUCCAGAGGGCGGUACAGGACGGCUGUAGGAGCGUUCUGGAUAUCGGGACCGGCACGGGUAUCCUCGGGAUGUGCGCGAAGAAAGCGGGCGCGAGGGAAGUGUACGCCUGCGAGCUGUCGAAGACCAUGUACGAGCUGGCGUGCGAGGUGGUCACGGCCAACGACAUGGCGGACAGCAUCAAGAUCCUACACAAGAAAUCGCUUGAGAUGGAAAUCCCGAGAGACAUUCCCCACAGGGUGUCUUUGGUCGUCACGGAAACGGUGGACGCCGGGUUGCUCGGAGAGGGAAUCGUUGAGAGUUUGAUUCACGCCUGGAAGCAUCUGCUCUUACCGCCGCCUAACUCUGAAGACGUUCCAGUUUCCAUUCCUUCCCGAACGGGGCGAGUCAUUCCCGCCGGCGCCACCGUGUUCGCAAUGGCCGUGGAGUGCCCCGAGAUCCGCAGGCACCACAGGCUGUGUGUGAGAGCAGUAGGGGGACUUGAUCUGGCUGCAGCAGGACCCAUCCGCGGUCCUGUAAAGUGUUCGGGGGACGCAGACGAGUCGUCAGAGCCGUAUACCACAGAGAGACUUAGCCGUCUGCCUGGAGGCUUCACUGCCCUCACUGAGCCCUGCAGAGUGAUGAGUAUAAACUUCAACAACCCACAGGAGCUGGAAGGCCUGUGUCUGAGGGAAGCAGCUCAGCUUCGCGUGCCACUGAUAAAGGACGGAGAUGUUGACGCACUGGCCGUGUGGUUUCAGCUGCACCUGGACCAGGAGAACAGCAUCUCUACCGGCCCGGACGAGGACACGUGCUGGGAGCAGGCCAUCUACCCAGUCCCGUCUCACUACAGUGUGAAGUGCACCGAUGAACUGCUGGUGGAAGUUUCCUGCAGAGACGCUUACCUGAGAGUAUCCUGCACUGGGGUAACAAGCGGCAGCCAAACGCCCCACAUGGAUGAAGCUGCCUCUGCUGAAGUGCCUUCAAAUCCUGAACUGGAGCUCUGCAGUGCUCUGGCUGGCCUCCAGACGGACCAUGAGCUUCCAGCUCAGCCGUUUUUGCUGGAGUGUUCUGAAAUCGCUCUCCUCAACAACGCCAAUUAUCACGAGUGCUUCCAGGAAGCACUGGCCAAGCUUUUUUCCUUCUUCCAAUCACGUCAGUCAGAAGUCAUAGAGGAAUCAGGUUCCUCCUUAGGUCCGCUGUACGUGCUGGACGUCUCUGAAGGUUUCUCAGUGCUCUCUCUGAUGGCAGCGCGAUUAGCACCGGUGCGAGCCUACAGCUCGGUGGAGAAGCAGCAGCAUCAGGCUCUGCUGCGGCUCCUGGCACGGGAAAACGGAGUACGCGUGGAUGCGCUCGAGUUCUGGCUCGGCCAUGUGGAAGACGACUCAGCUGUCCUGCAGAGGCCCGACUCGGAAAAGCUGUGGAGCGCCAUCAUGCUGGAUUGCGUGGAGAUCUGUGGCCUGCUCAGACAAAACCUCAUGGAGAAGGCCACGUUCGCUCGGUGUCUCCUGGAGGACGGCGGCCGCAUUUUCCCCGAGCGCAUCGUGAUCCACGGCGUGCUGGUGGAAUCGGACACACUGCUGCAGGAGAGCGCGGUGCAGGGAACAGAACCCACGCUGGGCUUUAACAUCGCCCCUUUCAUCAACCAGUUCACCGUGCCCGUUCACGUGUUUUUGGACUUGUCCACGCUGGAGUGCACGCGUCUCAGCGCGCCGGCCGAGAUGUUCGUCCUCGACCUCAUGGACAGCAGCAAGAACUACAGCUGCAGAGACGUCCGGGUUCGAGUGAAUGCUUCUGGCAGGGUCACAGCCAUCCCCUUCUGGUACCACAUCUACCUGGACUCCGAUAUAUUUGUGAGCACGUUCAGGCCGGAUUCACACUGGAAGCAGGUGGCCGUGAUCCUGCAGCACCCCCUGGUGGUCAGCGCAGGUGACUGGGUCAGACUGUGUGUCUCUUUCCACAAGAGCAGCAUUUCUAUGACAGCUGUCAGAGAGGAGCGAAAGGAGGAAACUGCAGUUCAUUAAGGAAAGGGUUGUGGACUUCAACGAAUUAGAGAAGGUGCAUUCGGUGAAAGCAAUUAAGCAUUUCCCGUUCCAUUUAUUCAAACCUGUAAACUGUAAUGAAUCUGCCUAAUGGGUCGGAUUUUAAGGAAAAUGGGUUUGAAAUGGAAGGAGCACGUGCACGCCAGAAACUUUACAAUUCUAGAUUUGAAAAGACUUUAAAAAAGAAAAAAAAAAAAAAAAAAGUCGCACUUUUAAAGCGAGAACGUGUUUUUAUUUUUUUGGGGUAGAUGCAGUCUAUAGUGUGUUUCUUUUCUUUUUGGACAACGAGAUGGUAUUUAUCAUUGUGUGAAUUCUGUAAGAAGUGUUUUAAGUGCGGGGGUCCGUAAGCACAAAACGCAAAACGGACAUCUAGAGUAACCCGAAAGGGAAAGGGGGCGGGCCUAAUGAAGCACAGAAAGCUGCAAUGCGUCUAUUCAUACGAGGUGAUAUCAAAAAUGUUCGACACCGGUUUUGUAACUCGCCAACAGAUGGCAGCACAAGGCUGCACGCACAGUCACAAGGAGCACCGACCUUCAUAAAUCAGUGCGCCUUUGCGACCAGAGGAAUCAUUAAAGCAACCAAGCACACCGAGAUACAUCGUCCUGUUAUGUUUAAUGGUGUAUAAACAUGUUAUAACAUGGAAGAAGACAGACAGGCGUGCUACCCAGAUCCCCGUCACCUAUAACAGAGCAGUGCAGUUAUAAAGCGGUGAAUAAUCAGGAGUCGGACUCGGCAUUAACAUCUGUCCGAGUCAUCUUAAAUAUCACACCAGUAUCAUUUACAAUUAAUCAUAUUUUUAUAUACUUUAUUAUUAAUGGAUAUAAUUAUGGUUACAUGUAAAAAAAGUUUUUCUCCCGUUUUCACCCCCCCACCACCAAAAAAAUCUUUUUACUAAUCAGCCCAGACAUGUUUCCUAUCCAAUAUUUGCGUUUUUUUAUUUAUUCAAUGAAACAUCCUCCAGACGAUCACGAUCUGGCCUGUCGAGUCGGUAUUUACAUUUCUACGAGAACUGUUUCGCCGAAAAACGGAAUAGUUCCGUAUUUAUUUAAAGAGUAAGCUUUGCUAAGCAUUUAAACAGUACCUAACACGAAACUCCGCCUUUGGUAAUUGGAAGCCACGCCCCCUACCUUUCAUACUGAGCUAUAUCCUGAGAGAAAAUUCUAUUUGGUCAAGAAAUGGCUAUAUAAAUGGCACAUGAGCUCAAUUUUGAGUGUCAUAGCAUAAGCUGUAAAUACUUGUGCGAUUUUUGUAUUUAAUUUUUUUUUUUAUUUGUAAUAAAUUUGCAAAGAUUUUAAA